ACCAGUGAAAUUGAAGUCCGCAGUCGCACGGCGGUAAAGAAAGAGUGAAAAUUGUUGGCUUUGUUAGUUUGACAACGUUCACUUUAGGUGACUACAUGACUUCAUUGCUUGCUAUACUUUUUCAGGAACAAAGGGAGUGAUGUGUUCUCUUCUAUACGGGGAUUAAAUGCUCGUCCAUUAUUUAACUCCGUUUUGGAGAAUUGUUUUACACACCCAGUAGGACACGUUCACACUGCUUGUGCUCAGUUAGAGUGAACGUGUUUCCAAAAAGUGACUUAAAGGCAACAAAGAAAAGAAAAAAGAAAAGAAAAAGAAAAGAAAAAGGAAAAUGACAAGUUGGAGUUAACAAAUAUAACCAUCUUAUAAGUUCGUUAAGAUCGCAAGAGCGGUUGAGAGGACUCCCUUUGUUUUCAGUGUGGCAUGCAUAGUCCUAAUCUUGCUAUACUUACCGAAGCGCAUUUAUUUUCUGAUCUUGUAGUCCAGUUUGGUGUGGAGCAAGGUGGAAGCAACCAAGCUGACACACAAGAAUCUUUAUGGAUGACGUACACAGGCCGUCUAAGAAAACUAAUCUUUGCAAACCUACCUCUCCUUUUGUUGAUCAUCGGCUGCCUGCCGCUCUUCCUCUUGCUCGUCCCUACUGCGUCGUCCCUGAGCUCGCAUAGCGCACAGCUGACGCCUCCCAGCGACGCAGCUGAGUUUGAUAAGCCGGAGAGCUCGGGAGCUGCCAACGCUGCCUCCAAGACGACCAGGUCGCCGCCAGCCGCAGCCGCCGCAGCUGAGAACGACGAAGUUGAGGCUGCCGCCGAGGCUGCCACCAUGGCGGACUUGCAACACGCACCGCAGUCGCCCGAGCGCCGCCACCCUCACGUUACAAAGAGGAUGCCAGCGCGCAGAACCGAUGGCGCUACGCAUAACGAGCAGCGACGCCACACGACACGACGACGCCACCGCGCGAUAGAAGGAAAUCCAACGACCCGACGACACCGCACGACGCAGGAAGAGGAGGAGGAGAGAGAGAAGGAAAUGCCCGCGACGACGCCGAAGCGACGUCGAGAGAACAGCUCUCCUGCUGAUGAAAAGCUUGCAAAGCCCGAGUCUGAACUCCGAAGAAAGCAAGUGGCGUCUCGGACGCAAGGCCCACUGCAAGAGCAGACGGGACCCAAAGGAAGGCGCCUUGCUCGACGCGUAGUGCGCAAGCGCCGCAAAACGACCCCACUCGCCGGCAACACGUCUCCCGCAGUUUCCGCAAGCCCAAUGGUACUCGUGACCACAACGGUCAAUGUCGACGACGGUUUGGAGGACCGAAAGCUGGACGAAGCACAGGAACUCGCCGAGCGUCUUUGGGGAAUCAUUGCCGAGACGGUGACCACGCAUUCCGGUCGCAUCGAGAUGGCUUCUCGAACGAGCGCGGUGUCCAUCUUGCCAAGACGUUCGUCUCAUGUUUACUCUCAAGCUACCGAGGCAGUCAGCGACAUAGAAGGUCGACGCCGAUUGGACAUACUAGCGCCGAAUUUCAGAGCGAACAGGACUUACGGGCUACCGACGAACGAGACCUGCGUCAACCCUUCGCACUGCCGGGCGCCUUCCUACAAUGACGGUAGUGGUUCGCGCCGAGCGCCGCAGGACGAUGUGGCAACUGAAGAACCAAGGACAUUUCAGCACCCUGCUGAACUAACACGUGACUCAACGCCGCCCAGAAGAACGCAGGACACAGCGUGGGCUCAAAACAGACCGACGAAGACAACUGUGAUGUCCAGUGGAGCGCUAGACCUAUUAGACUGGCUGUUCGCCCACGGAGUGAACAAUGGGCCGUCGAAUACGGAAUCUCCGGGGAAGAAGGAGUUCAAAAACGAGAGUUCACCAAGCCCUGCAGCGAAGACUAUAGAUGACUGGUCUGACCAAUCCUCGUGGUUCUCGACCGCCGGAGCUAGUCCUUCUCUGGCAGCCAAAGGUGACGAACUGACUUCCAAAAGCUUUAAGAACCGGUCCUCAAGAAUGUCGGACCGUAUCAUUGGUGUAGAGACAGCAGCGACCUCAUCCAGCCAUCAAAUAGCGACCAAUUCUGAGCUGGAAAGUGAGGCUUUCCAGAAGAUAUUGAAUCGCAGCGACGUAUCCUCGCUCAGUAGUACAUCAUCGCCAUCUCAGACUCCACUGGAAGCCUUUUCAGACAUGUCCAGGCGACUCCAAACAGGUAAAGUUUCAGAAGGCACGGUGCCUCUCUCAUAUCUGCCUCCAAAUGAACCUUUAGCCACUGCGAGCAGAGAGAUUCAGCCGAACGGCAACAAAUUUAGCGCGUCGGUCGGCAAGCCAUUUCAGUUUUCCACAGAAAGCGAUGCUGGAGGCGAAAAUGCCGAUCCCCGUCUGAAAGGCUCAAUCCAGGCUGACGAAGGCUCGAGUGAGGAUGACUACGACGACGGCUACGAAGAGGACGACGAAGAGGACGACGAAGAAGACGACGAAGAGGACGACGAUGACAACGAUGAACAAGACGCUCUCAUAAAGAAAGGCUUAUUACCAACGUUUGGCAGGCGUCAAGGACUUCUGUCCGGUCCCGAGAGACGAAAGUACAGUGACAACCAAACGAGAACCCCUUUCAGCGCAAGUUAUAAGAACUUGGUUUCCAGGAGCUAUUCGGUCUCAGCAACUGAACGGGAGAACAAGGAACCAUCCCGGAACUUUGGGGGUGCAACACAGAAGCAUGGGGUCGAUGUUGGUUCCGAAGAUGGUGGACAUAGGCAUAGCACAGUUAGUGGUACCGCUGGAAGUAUUAGAAACUUGCGUUCGAAUCCGCCUGCACCGAAUGGUGUCUCUGGGCGGAGCGCAGCGCCCGGACAAGUGACGACUGAAAGCUUCACGGAUGGGAUAACAGCGGUAGCAGGCAGCUCGUCCGAGAGCGAUGAACUCCCAACAACGUCUUUCGCCGAGGAACGAAUGGACUCGCCUACGAAACAGAGUGGUAUCCGUGACGCAGAGGCUCGAGGUAACUCUGUUCAAACCUCGGCGACUGAAGGAUACACGUCCUCGCACGAACCUUCCGAAGAGGUUCCUCGCCUCGUCUACAACUCCGAAAGCCACAACUUGAGCGAACCGACAAAAACAGCCGCUCCCACAAAGGCUUCUGGGAACACGGCAUCUGUGAACGCGACUACAAGCAGCGAGCAGGGCGGUACCGCAAGCGGCGGCGCAGUUUCCAGAAAUCAUACAGGCUCGACCGUGAACCUCCGUUCCAUUCCGCCACUGUCGCACCUCGGAGAAAUUCCGAAUGCUUCAGUUGUGCCCGAGGUACUGAAGACGGAACUUUCCAAAGAACUUACCACAAGGGCGUCUACGAGAAGGCGCUUGAGGUUGGAAACAACGCAGCACAACAGCGCUCCAGAUGUCCUCGAGCUCACGUCGUCGACCGGAACCGUCAGUUCCAAGGCGCAAGGUCACACCUUGCCAGAGAAGCUGCACAUCAUGUGCUCUAUAGGGGCCACGUACCCUGGCCCCUAUCCCGUUGAGCUGUGCGACAAGAUCAUGAUCAAGGACGCGGUGUCGUUUGAUCAAGUGAGGAUCAAGUUCACGGUCCGGUCGUAUGGCAAGUAUUGCGCACUGUUGGAGUUAUUAAGUCGUGGUAAUAGUCGCAAACACGCGUUCCUGGCGCUCAAGGCGCAGCAGAUAAAGCGGCCCUCGUUCAAGAUCGUCGGCCUGAUGACCUGGCGCAACAUCGAGCAGUUCCGGUUGUUGAACCCGUCGAGCGACGCCUUCGUGGGGAAGGUGGAGCGGCUGCUGCUACGCAUCAAUUUGGACGGCCUCUGCAUGGACCUGGCAGGGGUGUCGCGCGGGAACAUCAUGGCCUACAGGCACAUCCUCAGGGAUAUGCGAGUGAGGCUAAUGGACACGAAAUUCCUGUGCUCCCUCUUCGACUACAAUGUGCUCUACAAGGCCUCAUUCCAGGACCUGGUUUCCUUGCUCAGGGUGUUCAACACGACCGUAAUAUACCAGAGCGUGCAAUCCAUCUCGAACAUGGAGACCUCGGUGCCCAACGCUCUUCGCCACCUGACCAGGAGGAAGUACUCGCUGACUGCUGCCUUGGAGUUGGCGAUGGAGAUCCGGGGCACGUCUCGGCACCGCGGCGUCUGCUGGACGCUGACCCCAUGGGGCAUGGAGUACAGGCUGCUGCUCCCCAACGAGGCAACGGGUGUCGGCGUGCUAGCGCGGUUCGUCCGGACGGCAGUGUCCGGAUCAGACUUGUGCACCACGUACCGGAAGUUACCCAGGACCUACGACAACAUGACGGCCACCUGGUACUUCGUGAACAACACCAAGUGGGUGGCCUACGACGACCGAAACUCGCUGGAGCAGAAGAUCCCGCAGCUGCUGGCAGCCUACGCGCCGGAUUGCGUCUACGUGGAAGACGUGCAGCGGGACGACCCCAGGGGCGUGUGCGACCGGCCUUUCCCGCUAGUCUCCUCGCUACAAGGGAUGCUCGCCGAGGCCCUCAAGUCCACCACGCACCUCGCGGGCUCGUCGACCACUACGACGAACUUCGCGCUCGUCGGCGAUCGCCGGGGAGAAGUGGUCUAGAGCGCUACGGGCGCGUCUCGCGGAAGCAGCAGGGCAGCAGCAACAGCCAUUAAACGCUUCGGCGGCGCGAUUUCUCUUCCUUGACAUGCUUAUCUUCGUAUCGUUUCCGGGUCCUUGCGGGCUCCACAGAAAUGAGUAACGAAGAUUAUUAUCAGUGCAGGAAGCAUUGGAAAAAGUCAGCACAAAAA